AUGGAUCCGAACUUCGUACCGCCGCCGGGGCCUCCGGUCACCAGAGUCGCCGAGAUCAAUGGCGUGGCCAUAUCGAUGACGGUCUGCGUGGCCAUCUUCGUGCCCCUACGAUUCUGGGUGAGAGGUGCGAUGGUGGGCAAGGUUGGCCCGGAUGACUGGUGCAUUGGAGUCGCAACCAUACUGUCGAUAUUACUGAACGUUCUCGUCAUGGUCUCCACACAUUACGGCGCAGGUCAACACUUUUGGAACCUCGAGGCUGAUGAGAUGGCCGAAGGACUCAAAUACAACUACCUCACGCAGAUCCUCACUGUGCCCUGUCUGGCCAUGGUUAAAGUCAGCAUCGGCCUCUUCCUGCUGCGUCUCGCGGCCUCAAAGCUCUACCGGCACGUCUGUGUGGGCUUCAUCGUGAUCAUGUCUACAUACUCGUUCGCCUCCGCCUUGACCAUCAUCUUCCAAUGCUAUCCCGUGCGGGCCAUCUGGGAUGUUUCCACUCCGAACGCGAACUGCAUGUCCACCCAAGUGCGGCUGGGAUUGGGAUAUAGCUAUUCCAUCGUUACCAUCAUCUCCGACUUCUUCCUUGUCGUGCUACCGAUCGCCAUGCUCUGGCACGUCCAGAUCCCGCGCCGCCAGCGCUUCAUGAUCUGCGGUAUCCUCUCGGUGGGCACGUUCGCCGCGUCCGCCUCGAUCGUCAAAUGCCUGUACGUCGUCAACUUCGGCCGGACGGGCGAUUUCCUCUGGGACUCAAGCGACGUCUGCAUGUGGACGAUGAUCGAAGUGAACGUCGGCAUUCUCAGCGCGUCGCUUCCGGCGCUGAAGCCACUAUUCAAGCGGGUAAUGAACAAGGCGCUGUACUCCUCCGAGCGCUCACGCACCCGCGGGCUCUCGAACUCCCGCGGCCACCAGCUCUCGAGCAUAAACAAGUCCGGCGUCGCACGACCGGACCCGCAGAACGGCAUCAGCAACGAUAUCCGCGCGGGAAGCGCGCACACGAUCCUUUACGGCCAGAGGGUGCGCUUGCCGGAUAGUGAGAGUGAAGAGGGAAUCUUUGGGAUUAGUAAGAGGACGGAGGUUAGUGUUGAUGUGGAAACUAUCUCGACUAGUAGUGGCGAGGGAGGGGUCGGCGGAAUUGGCGGGAUAGGCGUAAUCAGGGAUGAUCGGGCGCCGGCGAGUGCAGCGGCGUCGCAUGUGCUUUAUUGA